GAAGCGGUGAGCGUGUGGAUGAUUCAGAGAUUCGAGUGAGCGACCGAGUGCACAGUCUUGACAGCGCCGAGCUUAGCAACACUGAACGCCACAAGGAGCCCUUCAGCUAGCUAGCUACUAAACAAGCGGAAACAAACGUUUUUCCUUACAAUAUUUCUUUGACAAGACAUGGAAAUGAACACCAGGAGGGAGGCGACGAGAAAAUCUGGAUGAAUUGGUGGACCAUUAAAAAAACGCCUGCUUCAGAGAAAGCACUCUAACGUUAGUUAGCUAGCAAAUGUGGAUUAGACUUUCUCAGUCAUAUAUAUGAUCGUAAGUUUUCAUAUUUAAUGGAUGGGCUUCGUUCAGCAAGCAGUGUAAGGCUAUUUAACUGAACAUUAAUAAUUUAGCGAGCUAGCCAGACUACUGCCUUGAACUUGCUAGUUAGCUAACUUACUAGCCAGCGUUAGCAAUUGGACCAGCACUUCAUAUUCAAUCAUCUUGCCUCUUCACUUUUCAAUUCAUGAAUUUGCUGUAGCGCAAGCUGAUGCGUCGUCUGUUUCAAUAGCUCAAGCCAGCCCAGCACACCCAUGGUCCAGCAGGCAGCUGAUGGAAGAUCCGGUUCCCAACGUGCCCACCAUGGUCUCCAGGCUGCCCAAGUUUGGCUCGCGCCCCGCGGCUGUGGCUGCCACCGCCCCACUGACCAAUGGGACCCGCCACCAACCCGUCUCCAGCACCACGGGCAAAGGGUUACCCACUGCCACCACCAGGCAGAACGGGACAAUGCGGAUGCCCCCCCCCUCCUCUCUGAAGGGGAAAGGAGGAGAGGCUGUGGAGAGGGGGGUGGACUCGGGGGAGGAGGGUGGAACUGGAGCUGGGCAUCACCUCCGACAACCGCAGCCCUCACCAGCGGCGGUACGGGAGAUUAAGAAGCCAUCCGCCAUGCCUGCCACGGCUAAGGUACGGGGGUGUGCUUCUGUGGUAUCCUCCAACAGCCCUAGAACUAUACCCUCCAAAACUGGGCCUCACGGGGCCAUCCCCAAACAGGCUUUGUCUGGACAGAGUCUCUGCAACGGAAAAGCGGGCCUCGGCGUCCAGACCGGUGGUGAUGGACGGUUUGGGUCUGGGAAUGGCUCCCUCAGGCGGGGCCAGAGCUGUGGUUCGCCCCACAGCAACCUGACCAGCAGCCUGUCACACUCCCAGUCCAGCGACAGCCUGGAGACCGCCUCGGAGGAGAACAUGGUGCGCUCCCGGAGCCUCACCCACGUCAAGAGGAUCCCCUCCCCCACCCAGCCGCCCAUCAUCCGCUCCUACUCCUUCAACAGGGCCUCGGAGCUGGCCAAGGAGCUGCCCAGGCCUCUAGCCAAGUCCCGACUGGUCAAGACAUCUCCCCUAACCAGACCGACACCUGUGCUGAGUAGUGCGGGGAGAGGGAACGGCCUACACCUCAGUAAGGGUGGACAUGGACUAGCAGCAGGCAGGGCUGUGGUGGGAACAGCUAGCUGCAUCUUGCCCCCCACCACACUGAGGAAUUCCUUACUCCCCAGUUCAGCCUCCUGCAACACCAGGCCCUCGGCCCUCAGAUACAGGUUCACACGGCCCUCACUUAUCAAGCAGCCCCGCCCCAUCUUGGCCACCUCCACCGAGAAGGUCCAGGGCAACACAGAGGAAAGCGAGGGGAGGAAGAACUCGGUGGAGACGCCCCCUGUCACCCCAGACCCAUCCAGCAACACUGACAGCCCAGGGAGCACCCCAGAGUGCGUAACGGAAGGCCUGCAAGAGGAGCCUGCGGCCCCCAGCGGGGUGCGUCCCCUGGGGGAAGGCCUGGAGGACAUGUCCCUCUCCUCCACCUCCUCCCUGGAGCGCAACGAUACCAGCGAGGAGUACAUGGACGACUUUGACAACCUGGGGAACGGAGGAGACGGGAUUCUGCAGCUCCCUGCCCGUGAUGGAGGGCUCGACCAAUCACACUCUGUCUUGGCAGAUGAUGACAACGCCGACCUCAUCCACCGUCACGGUGGCACCUCCAUGGCGGGCCUUAACAGCUUCCUGUCUGACAGUGUAGACUGGGCCGGAAUGGGACUCACUGGGGGUAGAGGGGGCUUAGGGGCGUUGUCUCGGCGUGCUAGUCAGGCCCUGUCCGGGGGUGCAGACUACCCCCUCGGCUCUUCCCUCGACCUGUCUCCCUCAGACUCCGGCUCGGGGGGGACCUACAUGUGGGACGAGGAGGGUCUGGAGCCCUUGGGGACCACCACACAGCCCUGUGGGAGCUACAACUCAGACCUCAACAGCAUGGACAUACUCAACAACCUGGACAACCUAGAGUCUGGGUGUGACCUGGACGACGAUGACCUCAUGCUGGACGAUGACCUCCCUGAGGAUGGCUCCUUGCAUGGUGAUACUGAUGGGAUGUCCCAUCUGGCCCUGUGGCGGAGACGGCAGCUCUGUUGGACUGUAGACGACCGACUCCACAGUGACAACAUUAGUGACUGUGUGUUCCAGACCUAUGAUGGGUACCAGAGUCAGGGCACAGGCAUGGCAGCCCCUCACCAGGCUGUGGAGCUGGAUGAGCUGACACUGAAACACAUGGCAGACGACUGCUGCUCUGUAAAGGCCCAGCUAGAACACCUGAAACUACUGCUGCAGAUGGAGGAUGGUAGUGAUAUGGACGACACUCUGAUUCUGGAUACCUUGAGUCCAGAAUCCAGACGGGACCCUAUUCAAGCUCGACAGGUGGAGGAGCUGUUGAAGGAGGUGCAGGAGCUGAGAGAGGAGCUGAGGAGUAAAGACCGGACCAUUUCUCAGCUGACCCAGCAGAUGGCUGUUCCUGUCAAGGCCACGAGAUGCCACUGCCAGCAGUACAGUCCACCUGGAAGAGAUGUGGAAAGAGUGACGGUGACCUACCAUGACAAGGCCACACAGACUCCACCAUGGAGGGGACAUACUCCUCAAAUACUACAGCCUUCCAGGCCAUGGCCCAACAGGGUGCACCAACCCCACUCCCAGGAAAGAUUAACAAACUCAGCCCACACCGAGGCCCCCAGUGAGCUGGCCCCCAGUGAGCUGGACUCCUCUAACCCUGGUUGUGGCUGGGGGGACAGUCUGGCCAGCAGGGCCCAGCACAGCUCCCGCUCUGGCCUGGCUUGCCCUAGCCCUGCUUCCACCCUUCCUGCUGGCUGUUUCCCUGGCUCAGAAGAACUUAGCCUCUUGCUCAGCACCCAGCUGAAGAUCAGUGACUCCGAGGGUCCGGAGGGCCAGACAUGUUCUCCUCCCCACCCUGGAUCAAGACUCAGGCUGGACUCAGCCAAAAGGAUCCCUCCACCUUGUCUCUCGCAGUCCCCCGGCUCUCUGAAGAAAGCCUCCAUCCCUAAGAGGCCACAUGAAGGCCCCACAACCACCACCACCCAGAUGUCCAUGGCAGGAUUCCCCAGGGUGGUGAGAGGAAUCCAGGGUAGGGGUGGUCUCAGGCCGGGCAACAUAGCUCCACAGUUCAGGCUGAGUCUGCUCCCACCUACUUCCAGAGGUCAACCCUGCUACAGUUCCACACCCCAGUCAUCUGCCUCCUUUCUGGGCCCUGCCCUGCCCGCCUUCCCCCGGACCAGAGCACCCAGACAGACUCCAGGCCUCAGAGAACCAGAGAGUGGUGGUCUCAAGGCCAGAGGUCUAGGCCCUCCCACCCUCUUACGACUCCCCAAGCCAAAGGGCCACUGAUUGCUUUCUCUCAAUUCUCAAACAGUGCCCUCUAGUAAGGCCAUUCAGCACCACCCUCUACCCACUCAGACCCAAAAGAUCAGACUUCUUCUAGAGGCUUCCGACCUCCCUUAGUAAGGUUACCAUGUCUACCCUGUGAGAAAGGAUGACAUGCCGACUUAUAUAUAAUAUUUUAUCUAACCUCUUCCAAUAAGAAUCACUCAAGGUCAGAAAAAGAAAUUGGCCCAUGUACACAUUUGAAAUCGUCUCAGACGAAGAAGUCAAGCAUAACACCUUAUUGUUUACCCCC